UUCUAUUGAAUUGUUAUUACUAUUAAAUGACUCUUUACUGGAUUUUUCUAUAUAUAAACAAUAAUAAACUAUUAUUUUGAAAGAACCUUUCGGAAGCUCUUUACCAACGGGAUGCCCCUUGGAGCGUGUCUGCAUCAGCCUAUGGAUAAUGUUCUCUCCAAACAGAGUCACUCCAGCCGUCACUGGACCCGCUCUGGACAACAAACUUAAACGUUAACCCACAGCAACUUGACUUUGAUGUUCGGUGUGGUUUUAGCUACUGGCUUUUAUUUUGGUACUUCCAGGGCGACUUCCGUUACGUGACCUAGCGGCACUGCACGGUUAAGAGAAGGUUAGCGUGACUGACAGCAUGAUGUGUUAAAUCUCCAAGAUGGUGCUUUUUUGAAUCACACUUGACUGUGCUACUGUUUUUUGUUUGGACGCGAGGGUUUUCGAUCGCCUGUGUGUUGUGUGACCCUGUCCACUCUGCGACCAUGGCUGCGGCUCCUCCACUCAGGCGGACGGACUCCUCUUUGGGUGAAUUCUCCCCUCUAAAGCACUUUGUUAUGGCCAAGAAGAAGAUCAGCGACGUUUUUGAACAACUACUGGACUAUGUCCAGGAGACUUCCGAGUUUGUUGAAGAAACAUGUGACAAUAAAGCUGUGGAGAACAUUGCAAGCCAGGAUCAGAAGCUGGAGAUACAGGCGUACACUGAUAAACUGACCAUCAUAAAAGAGGUGUUGGCACGUCGGCAUAUGAAAGUGGCCUUUUUUGGCAGGACCAGUAACGGUAAAAGCACAGUUAUCAAUGCCAUGUUGAGGGACCGUGUGUUGCCCAGUGGAAUCGGACACACCACCAACUGCUUCCUCAGUGUGGAGGGCACUGAUGAUGACAAGGCGUACCUUAUGACGGAGGGCUCUGAGGAGGAGAAAAGCAUCAAGACUGUGAACCAGCUCGCUCAUGCACUCCACAUGGAUGAAAGCUUGGAUGCCGGAUGUCUGGUUCGUGUGUUUUGGCCCAAGACCAAGUGCGCUCUGCUUCGUGACGACCUCGUGCUUGUUGACAGUCCUGGGACAGACGUCACAUCACAGUUGGACAGCUGGAUUGACAAGUUUUGUCUGGACGCUGAUGUUUUUGUGCUUGUGGCGAAUUCUGAAUCAACCCUCAUGAACACGGAGAAGCACUUUUUCCAUAAAGUGAAUGAGCGGUUGUCAAAGCCCAACAUCUUCAUCCUCAACAACCGCUGGGAUGCUUCAGCAAAUGAGCCAGAAUACAUGGAAGAAGUGAGGAAGCAGCACACAGAUCGCUGUGUGAACUUCUUAGUGGAGGAGCUGAAGGUCGUUGACCGUGAGCAGGCACCCAACCGCAUCUUCUUCAUCUCUGCCAAGGAGGUGCUCAACUCACGAAUGCAGCGCGCGCAGGGAAUGCCUGAAACAGGUGGCGCCUUGGCUGAAGGCUUCCAGGACAGACUGAAGGAGUUCCAGAGUUUUGAGAGGAGAUUUGAGGAGUGUAUCUCGCAGUCAGCAGUGAAAACAAAGUUUGAGCAGCACACAAUCAGGGCAAAGCAGAUCACAGAGAAAGUCAAGGACAUCAUGGACGCCAUCAACAUUGAGGCGGCGGAGAAGAGAGUGGCAGCUCUGGAGGACAGAGACUAUCAGAUGGACCGACUGGACUUUGUGAAGAAUCAGCUCAACCUGCUCAUCGAAGACAUCAAGAAGAAGAUCAAGGCCAUCAGUGAAGAUGUGGAGUCUAAGGUGUCCAGCGCCAUGGGAGAAGAAAUCUGCCGUCUUCAUGUCAUCGUUGAUGAGUUCCACGCAGACUUCCACCCUGCACCUCAAGUCCUCAAGAUCUACAAGUCGGAGCUGCUGGCUCAUGUGGAAGAAGGGAUGGGAAAAAACCUGGCUUUCCGCUGCUCCGAUGCCAUCGACGUUUCUGUUCAGUCCACGCAGAGGUUCAUGAUAGAGAGCAUGCUGCCGCUGCUGCCCUCUAGCGCCAAGAGUCAGAUCCACAUGCUGGUGCCGAGCAGGAAGUUCGACCUGAGCUACGACCUCAAGUGCGCCACGCUUUGCAGCGACUUCCAGGAGAACAUCGAGUUUCAGUUUUCACUGGGGUGGACGGCACUGGUCCAUCGCUUUCUGGGACCAGGAAAUGCAGAAAAAGCCCUGAAACUGUUGGACAACAGGCUGCAGACUUGUCGACCAGCCCUUCCUCAGGCAUGCACACCCUCCUCGGGUCCCCCAUCUCUUAUUGCCCCGCCUCCCAACCAGGAGACGGCCCUCAUGUCCCAGGAAGACCUGGUGGUAGCCAUGGCGACGAACGUAGCUUCGCUAACUUCCCGAGCGUCCAUGAGCGUCAUCAUUGUUGGAGGAGUGGUGUAUCGCGCGGUGGGCUGGAGGCUGAUCGCGCUCUCAGCGUCUCUCUAUGGUUUGUUGUAUCUGUACGAGAGGCUGACUUGGACCACCAGGGCCAAGGAGCGCACGCUGAAGCGCCAGUUCGUCGACUACGCCACAGAGAAGCUGCAGCUCAUUGUCAGCUUCACCAGCGCCAACUGCAGCCACCAGGUCCAACAGGAGAUGGCGGCAACAUUUGCUCGCCUCUGUCAGGAAGUGGACCUGACACAGAAGGAGCUUGAGGCCGAAAUCCGCCGCCUGACAGCACAGAUCGAUCAGCUGGAGCGGGUCCAGAACCGCUCCAAGAGUUUACGACACAAAGCCACGGACUUGGAGAGACAGCUGGAGAUGUUCUCCCAGGAGUACCUGCAGCCUCAGCAGUAACAUUCUUCACUGUGGUUCAUGUUGAGCCAGAUGCUGCCUCACCGGGUCACUUCCUCCUGUCAUGAGUUCUGGGAGUUUCUUACAACUAUUUGCCUUUUUUGAGAUACUGGUUUCGGGGGAACAGAUUCCCCUCCACUUCAGCCUGAUGAGUUUUAAACUGCCACGGGGUCCUCACUGGAUCCCAGGCGAUCAGGUGCUACAUUUGGACUCUUGAACUGUGAAUAUGCCUUUUUUUUCUGCUGGAAAUGAAGUUUGUCUGCAGCGGGACACAUGAACUGAUCUACCAAGGAUCUGUUCUGGAACACGCAUGUUGUCAACACUGUUCUGUCGAGGGUCACUUUUGUAUCCAACCUGUAUAGAUAGAUAUUUGGAAUGAUCUAUAUUUUAAUAUCUAUUAUUUAUAUUCAUCUGUUGAUCAAUAUGAUUUCUCUAAUCCACUCUUUGUCCUUUUGUGUUUGUCUCCAGUUUGCUAGUUUAUUAAAUUAACUAUUGCUGCAG